GACGACGUUAGGCGACGUCGACGACGUUCUCCGUCGCGUACCCCGCGCGCUACCGCUACCCACUCCGCUCGUAACCAUAUCUGGACUUAAUUAUUGGGGCUGCCGAUUAGCAGCGCGACCGUUUCCGGCCCCAGAGCAACCCCAAUAAUUGGAAAAUGUCCGGAUUCGCGGCGGCGGGCCUCGUGGCCUUCGAUUCCAUCAAGUCCAAAGCGACGGAAAAACUUGCUGGAUUCAGAAGAAGCAAUGCUGGCUACGAGGAGUUCGAGAUGCCCCGCGAGGGUAGCAAAGACAAUCAGGGGUUCGAUGGCGAGAGGGCGUAUAGUAGACAAGGCUCUUUUGAAUCACUCCCGGAACAUGAAAGGCCCCCAUUGCGUCACAUCGAUACAUACUGCAAGCCAGAAUGUCCCUGUUUAUCGAAAAGAUACACCAUGGCAACGUUGGCCUGCAUGGGAUUGAUAAUUUCGUUCGGUAUGAGGUGUAACAUGGGGAUGGCGAAGAUAGUAAUGAAGAACAGUACCGAGGGCGACAACCACACUCUUAUGUUCAACUGGACAGUCGGUACCGAGAGUGCCCUCGACUCGUCUUUCUUUUGGGGCUACUUGGUGACCCAAGUGCCAGGAGGGUUUCUAGCAUCCCUGUACCCCGCGAACAGAAUAUUCGGCGCCGCGAUCGCCAUAUCCUCGGUCUUGAACUUAUUGGUACCCGGGGCACUGAAGCUAGACCCGAUCGCCGACAUGUGCGUGCAAGUGUUGAAAGGAUUGGUGGAGGGCGUCACGUAUCCAGCGUGCCACGGUAUUUGGAAAUUUUGGGCGCCCCCGUUGGAAAGAUCGCGAUUGGCGACGUUGGCUUUUUGCGGUUCUUACGCCGCGGUAGUCAUAGGAAUGCCGCUUUCCGGCUAUUUGAGUCAUUGCUUCGGAUGGACGGCGUCAUUUUAUUUCUACGGCAUAUGCGGAUUAAUCUGGUACUGUUUCUGGCUAUGGCUAGCCUUCGAGAAGCCGUCCAAACACCCUUGCAUCUCGACGCGCGAGCUUCGCUACAUCGAAGAUUCUCUCGGCCAUAAACAGGCGCAAUUGCCUGUGCCAACGUUUGCCACGACGCCAUGGCGGAAGUUCCUGACGUCUAUGCCGGUGCACGCCAUCAUCGUCGCCAACUUCUGCAGAUCUUGGAACUUCUAUCUGCUGGUGCUGUAUCAGGCGCGAUUUAUGCACGAGUCCUUUGGUAUGCCUCUGGUCGAAACCGGUGUUAUUGGCUCGCUUCCGCACUUGCUGAUGACGACGAUCGUGCCUUGCGGAGGAUUGCUCGCCGAUUACCUCCGUAAACGUGGAAUAUUAUCAACAACCAACGUUAGGAAACUGUUCAAUUGCGGUGGUUUCGGGAUGGAGGCGCUCUUCUUCUUGGUGGUGGCGAACGCAACGAUGCACAGAAAUGGUACAGCGGCUACCGUUGCCCUUGCGAUUGGCGUGGCUUGCAGUGGAUUCGCCAUUUCGGGCUUCAACGUCAACCACUUGGAUAUCGCGCCCAGAUACGCCAGUAUUUUGAUGGGAAUGUCGAACGGAAUCGGUACAAUAGCGGGACUCCUGGUACCAUUCUUCGUGGAUAACAUCACAGAAAAGAAGGAUAUUCAGAGUUGGAAGAACGUCUUCAUCAUAGCGGCGUGUGUGCAUAUUUUCGGUGUAACAUUCUACGGAAUCUUUUGUUCCGGGGAACUGCAACCGUGGGCUGAUCCUUCCGCGGAAGAGGAAAAGAGUUGGAACGCUAUGGACGAAUUUGGGCAAACGAAACCACCGGUCCCGCCACCGCCAAUGACUAUGCAGUCUAAAUUCAUCAAACAACCAUCCAUGGGCGGAAGUGCAAACGACGAUUGGGACAAUUACGAGCAACUGCCCACUGACAGUGCAUACGCCCAACAGGAUAAACCCGCAAUAAGCUACGGAUCGACGGAAACGAAUAGCAACCCUUUCCAUUCGACGAAUCCUUUCGCUACCGAUGUACACGCAUCGCUGGUACAACCGCCAGUGACGGACGAUCACACGCACGACGUGACGCAGAAUCAACAGUGGAACUAAAUUUGUCAAUAUCCGAAUGAUCGAGACCACGCGUAAGGAAAUCAUUUUCUUAAGGUGAUGGAUCGUUUCGCGUUCAUUUUGUAGCUGCUUCUGAUACUUCGAUUCGAGUCUAGGAGCUUGUCGGAAUUAAUUCCGACCGUGCUCUCGUUGUUUGUUAAUGGUCGUUUCGAUCGACCAGGUCCUCCAUUAGUCAAUUUAUGUUCCGAUUUAAACGUAAACAACGUCGUGACCGAUGAACGUGAGAAAUUAAUAAUUUCUCGCGCGGAGAAUUAUUGGAUAUUUAAAUCCCCUUUUUGGGAAUGAAAAUAGUACAACUGUGUCUUAAACAAAAUUUAUAUGGAAUUUAAUUACGAGGAUUUUUACAUCUCAGCGAAAGGAUGCCACGAAGAAACCGCGCAAUGGCAAUUCGAGAAUGAUUUUUCUGAGGAAUGAAGUAAUAGAGGGAGAUGGGAAAGGUAACGAAUAAGUUUUCGAUGAUUCGGGAUCUUUUACAUUAUCGAGGCGCCUAAUGUCAGGCUUUGUAUUUUCAAUUAGACUGCAAGGGAUGAAAUUUUGUUUCCAUUACAAUACCUAAGAGUGCAGGGCAUAGUGCUGUAAAUCGACGCGCUAGGAAACCACGGGAAAGUUCUUUCGUCGAAAUCAUUUUUCGUAAAGAGGUUUCUAGCAAAGAUAAAAAUAACAGUGGUAAACGAAACGAAGUAAAACACAAAAUACCAAAGCUUUAUGCAACAAGAUAUUCACGUAGACGAGAACGAAAGUAAAUAUUUUCUACCUUACUUAUCGGUUUAAAUUGGGGAUGGCGAACUGGGGUAGCCAAUCGUGGCACGUUCUUCUACUUUUCUGAUGAUGGUGGGAGAACUCUUGUGGCGGAGAAGUUAAUCAUCCCUGGUUUAAACGAAUCGAAACGGAUCUGAAACAUAUCCUUUCAGAAAAGUGUGCAUAGAAAUGGAAAAACACCUUCAUUAUUCGUUCGCGGAUUUCUAUCGUGCAAAUAGAAAACUUAAAUAAAACAUUCUUAAAUAAAACUGUAAGCAGACAAUAACAAAGCAGCCAAACCUUCGCAGACAAUAAUUACUCGAAGACAAUAACGGGAAGGUUUUGCAGAA